AUGUCAUUCUUUGGGUACCGGAGCUCCUCGAGCAGAUCUUCAUCGCAGGAAACGCACCUGAGUGAGCUUGAGCGGCUGAGAGGACGUCAGUUGGCGAGUCUCGUGCGUGCUGGAGGUCGAGCUAAAAAUCAACAACAAACGAUAUUUGAAGUGCCAAUAGCCGACACAUCUCGUGGACCGUUAUCUUUGCAAUUACAAUUGACGUCCGAGUUUCCAGUGAAGGUUCCUCAGCUGAAGGCGUCGAUUCCACUGCAAAAUCGAUGGCUGGAUACUGCAGGCAAUGUACAUGGCCAUCCGGAUCUUAACAGGUGGACAGCGCACUCGGAUCUUGGACGGAUCGUGUCGGAAAUUGUCACAGAAUUGCGUAUUGCAGCGAAAAAAUCACUAGUGUCUCUGGCCCAAAGUAGCUCACCUGCACCUGCUGCAUCAUUGUUGCAGUAUCCUGGAUCUAGAGCCAGCUAUGCAUUAUCAAAUCGACCGUCUCCACAGGCUCAGACUCAACAACCAACACAACAAACUUCAGCUACUAGUAAAACACAGCGAACACAGAUGCCGGUAAUUCCUGCGACCUUUCCAGAACUAGAGGAGCUUUCACUGUCGCAGCUCGAGAUGCUAAGUUCAGAUAAACGUGCACUCAAGCAGUUUGUUAAGGAAUUAUCUUCGGUCAAAGAAUUCACCCAAUUGAGAGACGAAGUAUUGCACAGCAACAUGGGGAUUGCAAGGACAACAUUGGGUUACGAGAGCGAGCAGCGUCAACUGCAGACGUUGGUUGAGGCACAACGCACUAAGCUACGUGCUGCACACCAGGCGUUGGCUGAGAAGCGAGUGCGACAGCAGCAUAUUGCCGCACGCCAUCGACCAGACGCACUAUUGGCGCAACUCUCAACAGCCAUAAAAGAUGUAGAAAACGAGACGGAUGACAUUGCGACGCAAUUUGCCAAUGGUGAUAUCAAUGUGAUGCAUUUUAUCUCCACGUACUUGCCUCGACGCAAUGUAUACCACGAACGUACACUCAAGCUGAUGAGAGUGCAGCAGCACUAG